AUGCAGGAGGAGGGGGAGGGGGUGGGGUGGGACUUAAACAACCCAAUGGCUACUUCAACCCCCCCCCUCCCCCUCCCCAGUGCAGGGUGGCCGGAAGUUUGUCGCGAGUGGAGUAUAGGGGAAAUAUGA